CCUUGUGGGGAUCUCCUGGAGAAUGUGAGGUUCUGGCUUCACCCACAAAACUUUGGCAGAAGGCUGAAAAAACAAAAAAGAUGAGCGUCUGGAGAGUUUCCACUGAAUUAUGAUUGAGGUUCACCACAAUUGGCAUCUUUGGCUUUUUCCAACAAAAUUUGGUGUCUUCAUGUGCUGUCCAGCGUCUACUGCAGGUCAGAUGGAGCUUAGGAAGACUCGGGAGCCUAGUAAUAAACGGGUGAAGCCCCUUUCCAGAGUCACGUCACUUGCCAACCUCAUCCCGCCUGUGAAAGCCACACCACUGAAGCGCUUCAGUCAGACUUUGCAGCGUUCCAUUAGUUUCCGCAGCGAGAGCCGGCCUGACAUUCUUGCCCCUCGACCCUGGUCCAGAAAUGCCACCUCUUCAAGCACCAAGCGGAGAGACAGCAAACUGUGGAGUGAGACCUUCGAUGUGUGUGUCAAUCAGAUGCUUACAUCCAAAGAAAUCAAGCGGCAAGAGGCAAUCUUUGAGCUUUCCCAAGGAGAAGAAGACUUGAUAGAAGACUUGAAGUUGGCCAAAAAGGCUUAUCAUGACCCCAUGCUGAAACUUUCCAUAAUGACAGAACAAGAAUUAACUCAAAUCUUUGGAACACUGGACUCUCUCAUUCCUCUACAUGAAGAUCUUCUGAGUCAGCUCCGGGGUGCUCGAAAGCCCGAUGGUUCAACUGAUUAUGUUGGCCCCAUCCUCGUGGGCUGGCUGCCUUGUCUCAGCUCCUAUGACAGCUACUGCAGCAAUCAAGUUGCCGCCAAAGCUCUCCUGGACCACAAAAAGCAAGAUCACCGAGUUCAAGAUUUCUUACAGCGAUGCUUAGAAUCCCCCUUUAGCCGCAAACUGGAUCUCUGGAAUUUCCUCGACAUCCCAAGGAGCCGUCUGGUGAAAUACCCUCUGUUGCUUCGAGAAAUCUUAAGGCACACACCAAAUGAUAACCCGGAUCAGCAGCGCCUGGAGGAAGCUAUAAACAUCAUUCAAGGAAUUGUGGCAGAAAUCAACGUCAAGACUGGAGAAUCUGAAUGCCGCUACUAUAAAGAGCGACUUCUUUACUUGGAAGAAGGCCAGAAGGAUGCCCUGAUCGACAGCUCCAGAGUGCUGUGUUGUCACGGCGAACUGAAGAACAACCGGGGUGUGAAACUGCACGUUUUCCUCUUCCAAGAAGUGCUUGUCAUCACUCGAGCUGUCACCCACAACGAGCAGCUCUGCUACCAGUUGUACCGGCAGCCCAUUCCAGUGAAGGACCUGCUGCUGGAAGAUCUGCAAGAUGGAGAAGUGAGGCUGGGUGGCUCAUUGCGCGGUGCUUUCAGCAACAACGAAAGAAUUAAGAACUUCUUCCGAGUAAGUUUCAAGAACGGAGCCCAAAGCCAGACCCAUUCACUCCAAGCCAACGACACCUUCAACAAACAGCAGUGGCUCAACUGUAUCCGUCAAGCCAAAGAGACGGUCCUCUGUGCAGCUGGCCAAGCCGGGAUGCUGGACUCCGAGGGACCAUUUCUAGAUUCUGCCAGUGGGAGCGGGGAGCCUCAGGGAGAAACACAACUUGAGCAGAUGGACCCAUCGGACAGUGAGUCUGACUGUAGCAUGGACACCAGCGAAGUGAGCCUGGACUGUGAACGCAUGGAACAGACAGACUCCUCCUGUGGGAACAGCAAGCACAUUGAAAGCAACGUCUGACAGAGCCUGCGUACUUCCCAGAAGUAGCCCCGUGUCUUACCUGUACAGUAUUUGCAUUCCACACACGGAACAGUUCGGAGAAGCACUUUUGAAUCCUUUGGUGACUGCGUUGGUUCAGCCUCGUGUAUCCGUCCUCAUGUCCCUAGUACUGUAACCGCCAUUCUGUCUGGAGAAGCUAGCACCUGGUAACUAUGGCUUUGUUGUAUUCCACAAGUGUCUGGAUGGAUGGAGAGGUCCCUAAACGAGUGAUGUUCAGUUUUCCUGGUAGAUUUUUUAAAAUGGAAGGAAAGUGGCUAUCUCAAUGACUGUGUCGUGCAAAUUUCUGGAAGAGUCCCUCUCAAGAGUUGUUUUUUUUUAACUUCUUUGAUAUGGAUUGAAUUUUGAGAGCUUGAGGACAGGCCACAAGGAAGUCACUCCUGUGUUGCAAAAGCAUCUGAAGAAGAACUGGGAAAGAUGAAUGCUUGGAGUGAACUUGCUUCAAUGUCAUCCAGCCAGAAAGCUGAAAGCAUGGAAGCAUUCCUGGGGGUUCUAGAGGCUUUAUUUUAUGAAAUAAAAUCUUGACCUUGCCAUUUAUUUCAUUCCAUGUAGACCCCAUGCAAAUAGGAGAUAGAGUAUGAUCUUAACAGGAUCGGCACAAAAGCAGCUCCCAGCACUGAAACUCGAACACCAGUGUGCGUUGUACCAGCAGGUCUCUGCCAGAGCAGCCAGCUUGUGCGAGAGAGACCCUCUUGUAGCCUGACACUGGAAAAGCACUCAAGGGCCUGGGUAGCCUGGCA